AUGAAAAUGACGACACACAAUGAAUUUGAUAACAUGCCAACGAGUGCAUUAAGAAAGGCUAAUACGUUUAUAUUAGAGAUUGAACAAUUGGUUAAAGAUGAACUUGCAAUGUUGGAAAAGUUCUAUGUUACAGAUCAUCAAGAUGUACCUUUUGAAAAGGCAAUCAACAAAGCAAAGAGAAAAUUUGAAAAGAGAAGAGGACCAACAUUGAUUAAACCUCUAAACAAAAAGAAAAAUAGAAUAGUUGUUAGUGGAAUGGAGUUUGAUCCAAUCAAUCAAAUGUGGAGAGGAAAUGAAGACGAUAUCACAAACUUUCCUGGUGGUCGUGGAUCUGCACCAGCAUUGAUUACAAACGCUGGUCUAAAGACUGAAAAUGUAGUGGGCAACAUGGAAUGGGAUCCAAAGCAAAACCAAUGGCGUGGAAAUGAAAGAGAUCUAACAAAGUUUAAAAGUUUAAAACCUGCUCUCAUCACUCAACUUAAUGGAAAUUUUAAUACUAGAAUUCAAAAUGGGAUGGUAUUAGAUCCAAUUUCAAUGAAAUGGAGAGGUAAUGAAGAUGAAUUGGAUGUUUUUGAAACAAUGGACGAACAAAAUAAUGAUAAUACAUUUAAAGUUGAGGGGGAAUUUGAUUUAACAUCGGAAUUGAUUGGAUCGAUUAGACGACAAGAUCAAAAACAUAAAGAGGAAUUAAAGGGAUGGUUCCCAGAGGAUAGAAAUCUUGAUGAUCGUGAUCAUUUGUAUUCGAUUCGUCAAAUGUCAAUCACCAAGUUGAUUAAAAACACAACAUCGAGACAGGCAUUUGGAAGAGGUGCAUCAGCAGGAGUGUUUAGUGGUAGCGGUGGUAUUGGAUCGUCUUCUGUGUUGUUGCAACUCAAAUCCAACAAGGCAGUGGUCGACGAGACCAAUGAUUGGGGUGAUGUAAACUUUGACGAAGCACCAACCCUCAAACUCAACCCAAAGAUUCAUCACGAUGCAAAUGAUGUCGAUCAAGACGACGAGGACGGUGACGCAUCCUUGUGGGACAAGGAAAUGGGAUUCACCUCAGAUGACGAUGGAUUCUCGAGUACAAGUGGUAAUGACGCCGGAGGAAACAGCAGUGCUGCCAACAGUCGAUCACAAACACCUCGUCUACAUCUUAGUAACCCUGGGCUCAUGACGAUUGGCUCGGGUACCGACUCGCUCAACAAGUACAAAGAUUCGUCCGAUGAUGAUGAUUUUGGUGGUAGCGCCGAGGGAUUGGACAAGUUUAUCAAGAAACCACGCGAACAUAGUGGUCUCAAAACCAUCUUUGGUGGAUCGAUCAAAAUCAAUAAUAACAAUAAUAAUAAUAGCGGCUCGCAUAUUGGUGAUUCGGCGACCAAGGGAAACAGCAUAUCAUUAAAGCGUGGUGGAACACUCAACAACAUCCCUCCACUCUCCUUUGGCAUGUCCCCUACAACAACAUCAACAACAUCAACUGCUGCUGCUGCCUAUUCAUACAAUAAUGAUGAGUUUGAAGAUGUAGAAUUCCCAGUCGAAGGAACAUUUACUUUGCGUCAAAAGAUCCAUUCUGAUAACUUUGGUACGUUGGAUCAUGUUGGAACACCGUCCAGUGUUAGCAGCGUAGGUAGUAUGAGCGGAUUGAACAGCGGUAUUUCAUCGCCACCACCACGCGACCAUGUUGUCGAGGAGGAAUGGCACGACGUCCAUAUCCCCAACGACCUCGCAUUCAAGAAACCAAACGAUACUACCAGUCGCAAGUCACCACCAACCAACCGUAGUCUCCUUCAAGUCGAAGACUAUUCUGACGAGUUGGAUUUACCAAUCGAUCUUUCGGCAGGUGGACCACUCACACUCAAAAAGCCAAAUCUCUUGGCCGAUAAUCCAUUUGGCGACGAUAGCGACGACGAAGGAUGGGACGAUCUCAUCAUACCCGACAAUUUCAAGGCAUCAACACCUAUCCAACAAUCGAGCAAUGGACAUGUCAAUGGUGACAGAUUCUCCCUCUCUCCCAAACAACAACAACAACAACAACCAUCCAGUCAACCAUCUACACCCAUCGAACAUUAUGACCAUUUACGAACAACCUAUCAACCAUCACCAAACAACAAUUCUUUCACUCCACUCUCACCUGGAUCCCUUCAAGAAGUACUUAAAACUCCACCUACCUCUCCUUUUACUCCUUAUAAACUUUUACAAAGGACAAAUACUAAUCCAACAAAAUAA